AUGGCUAAUCAUGGUGAUAAGUUGAUGAUUGCAAGAGGUAAAGUGGAAGGUGUGAGAGUUGACGUGUUUCGUGAUCCUGGAUGUACGACAGUGCUAGUGAAAGAUAGUUUGGUGCCUAGAAGCAAGUUCACGGGUAGAAUGGUUGACAUAAGGAUGGCCAAUAAUAUGGUGUUUAAGUAUCCAGAGGCUUUUAUCUAUGUCGAUACUCCGUUCUUUACUGGUAAUUCAUUAGCUGCUUGUCUGCCAGAUCCUAUAUAUGAGUUGGUGAUCGGGGCGAUUGAGGGAUCGACUGAUGGAGGAAUGAAUGUGCAGCAUGCAGAGUCUAAGAAAGUAUUCAGUGGUAAGUCCGAGGGUGAGUCGCACAGUUUCGUGGUGAAGCGCGGCGCGUUAUACCGGCGCGUUCAAAAGGCGCAGCAGGUGACUGAGCAGUUGGUGGUGCCGGAGUCGUUUCGGGACGCGGUGAUCGGGCUGGCCCACGACUCUCUCAUGGGAGGGCAUCUCGGGAUAAAAAAGACCACAGCGUGGAUUCAAAGCAACUUUUUCUGGCCGGGAAUGUGCGUAGAGAUAGCACGGUAUUGCAGGUCCUGUGACGUAUGUCAACGCACGGUCGACAAGGGACGUGUCAGCAGAGUCAAGAUGGGGAGAGUGCCGCUUAUUCAGGAGCCUUUUCAACGAGUCGCCGUGGAUAUAGUAGGUCCGAUAGAGCCUCGGGCGAAUGAUGGAUCGCGGUAUAUUCUUACAAUUGUUGAUUACGCGACGCGUUACCCGGAAGCGAUCGCUUUGAAAAAUAUUGACACGUGCACAGUUGCAGAAGCUUUACUUUCGGUUUUCAGUCGUGUUGGUAUCCCGAAAGAAGUAAUGUCGGACAGGGGUAGCCAGUUUACAUCAGAUAUGAUGAAGGAAUUUAAUCGUUUGCUGUGUAUAAGGAGUCUAACAACCACACCGUACCAUGCGAUGAGUAAUGGUCUGGAGGAAUUGGAAAAAGCUGGAGAUAGUUACCAGUACUAUUAUGACAAGCAUGCGCGCGAGAGGGAGGUGAAUGUCGGAGAUAAAGUGUUACUCCUACUUCCCACUAGUCAUAAUAAACUCCUUUUGCAGUGGCAAGGACCAUUCGAGGUCGUUAAGAAGGCCAACAGAUAUAACUACGUGUUGGAUGUAAAUGGUACAGAACGUAAGUACCAUAUCAACAUGAUCAAGCGUUAUCAUGAGCGGUUCGUCAGAGAAGGCGACAGUAAGCGUAGUAAAGAUGUGGAACGCAGCAAUGCAACAUGCGAUGUUGAUGUAAUGCGUGGCGUAAUCGGUGGUAAGAGUAACGUUGAUGAGAGUAGUGAACAAGAGAAUGAAGAUGAUUCAGUCCUUGCUUGUGUGGCAGUAGUUAGCGAAGACCACGACGAGGGUGGCGAAUUAAUUACCGUCCCAAGCUAUGUACAGGAGGAAGACGCGAGUAACGUAAGAGUAAAUGAGGAAUUGAGCGCGGAACAGAAGCGCGAUGUGGCGAACGUGUUGUCGAAGUUUAGUGCGGUAUUCACAGAUGUCCCGGGAAGAACGGAUGUCAUUGCGCACACAAUUAAUUUGACUAGUAAUAGACCUGUAAAUACUAAACAAUAUCCUAUUCCUUAUGCACUGCAACGGAAUAUCGACGCUGAAGUAAGUCGGAUGCUCGAGCUAGGCGUAAUAGAGCCUUCAACCUCGCCUUACUCGAACCCGCUAAUUGCAGUAAAGAAAAAGGAUGGGAGUGAUCGCACGAGCAAAGGAUUGAUGCAGUUUAAAGUUGUACCUUUCGGGUUAGUUAAUGCAAGCGCGACGUUCAACCGCAUGAUGAGGAAAUUGUUUAACGAUGCCGCUAACGUAGAGAUGUUCGUCGAUGAUUUGUUAAUUCACACGAAAGGAUGGGAGGAACACAUUAAAACUUUGAUAAAAGUUCUUAACAUUCUGCUUAGCGCUCAACAGGGAUUUCAGGCCCAAACUUAA